AAUGAAUCAAGUUUGUGCCGGGAGACUUUAACAACAUCAUUCUGUACCUCCAAUUUAGAGAUUGCAGUUGAUAGAAAAUCUACCGUCAGUUGCUCUGGAAGUUUUUGAUGUGUACAUGAACAUUGAAUAUAAAAACCAUGAAUCUUGUCCUGCAAAGUUUUCUGUUUCUGCUGCUGCAAGAAGUCAGUACAGCUAUGGAAGAUGACGUAAGAUCCAGCUGCCGAACUGCUCCAAAUGACCUAGUUUUCAUUUUGGAUGGUUCCUUCAGUGUAGGACCAGAUAAUUUUGAAAUAGUCAAAAACUGGAUUAUUAACAUAUCCAGCAGUUUUGAAAUAGGGACCACAUUUACACAAGUUGGUGUUGUGCAAUAUAGUGAUGAUCCUUUGCUAGAAAUCCCAUUGGAAAAACAUAGGUCCAAUGAAGACUUGAUGGAAGCAAUGGCAGCCAUCUCAUAUAGGGGUGGAAACACUAGAACAGGAAAAGCCAUAACAUUUGGAGUUAAAAAUGUGUUUGCUACCUCGACCAGGGCUGCUAAUACUGUUACUAAAGUAGCAAUUGUACUUACGGAUGGAAAAUCCCAGGAUGAUGUGAAAGAGUCAGCAGAGGAAGCAAGGAAAAGAAAAAUUAUAUUGUUUGCAAUUGGGGUUGGUCAGGAAAUAGAAGAUGCAGAGCUUCAAGCAAUUGCUAAUAAACCAUCAUCUACAUAUGUGUUCUAUGUAGAGGACUACACUGGUAUCUCCAGAAUUAGAGAAAUAAUGAAACAGAAGCUUUGUGAAGAAACUGUCUGCCCUACAAGAAUACCUGUGGCAUCUCGGGAUGAAAAAGGAUUUGAUAUCCUUGUUGGAUUAGAUAUUAGAAAAAAGGCCAGUGGAAUUCACGGCUCAUAUCAUGGCAAAAAAGCUUACAGAAUUACAGCACAGAAUGAUUUAACAGAAAGAACAAGCGAUAUCUUUCCUGAUGGUCUUCCUCCUUCCUAUGUCUUUGUGUCCACAUUACGAUUCAAGAGGCCUACAACGAAAGAAAAGUGGGAUUUGUGGAGAAUCUUAGCUUUAGAUGGUACAAUUCAAACAGCUGUUACACUGAAUGGUGAAGAAAACACAGUAAUUUUUCAUACAACACACGUGGUGAAUGAUACGCAGUCUGUGACCUUCACUUCUGCACUUAUAAAGGCAUUGUUUGAUGAAAAAUGGCACCUUCUGCGAGUCCUAGUAACAGAAAGAGAUGCUACUUUAUAUUUGGAUGAUAAAUCAAUUGAGACAAGACAACUAGAACCUGUUCUUGGUAUCUUCAUUAGUGGAAAAACACAAAUUGGAAAAUACUUUGGGAAAGAAGCAACUGUACCAUUUGACGUUCAAAAAUUAAGGAUUUACUGUGAUCCAGAACAGAAUCAGCGAGAAACUGCUUGUGAAAUUCCAGUUGUUGUAAGUACAUCUCUGUACGAUAACUUGAUGGGUAUUACAUAA